AGGAAGCCGGUGCAGCGCUGUGACACGCUAUCCGGCCCUGGGCUUGAGAUCGCUGCCGCUGUUGCCGUUUUCCACGCGCGCGUGUCGCAGGCCGCAAUCCCCGGCGGCCGGAGCCCGCUGCGGGCGCCAUGCAGAACCCUAAUGAAGAUACUGAGUGGAAUGACAUCUUGCGUAAAAAGGGCAUCCUUCCUCCGAAGGAAAAACUUAAGGAACAAGAGCAGGCAAAGGAGGAGGAAGAGCUGCGUAUUCUUCAACAGCAGUCCAUUGUGAAAACCUAUGAAGACAUGACUUUGGAAGAGCUAGAAGAUAAUGAAGAUGAGUUUAACGAGGAGGAUGAGAGAGCCAUUGAAAUGUACAGACAGCAAAGGCUUGCAGAAUGGAAAGCAACUCAAAUGAAGAACAAAUUUGGGGAACUUUUGGAGAUUUCAGGUCAGGAUUAUAUUCAAGAAGUUACCAAAGCUGGCAAAGAUAUAUGGGUAAUCUUGCAUCUUUACAAACAAGGAAUUCCACUGUGUGCUUUAAUAAAUCAACAUCUGAGCGGACUUGCAAAGAAAUUCCCAGAUGUCAAAUUUAUCAAAGCUAUUUCUACAACUUGCAUACCCAACUACCCUGAUAGGAACCUGCCCACAGUUUUCAUCUACCUUGAAGGAGAUAUCAAGGCCCAGUUCAUUGGACCUCUAGUGUUUGGUGGCAUGAACCUGACAAGAGAUGAACUUGAAUGGAAGAUUUCAGAGUCAGGUGCCAUCAAGACAGAUCUAGAAGAAAACCCCAGGAAACAGAUCCAGGAUCAGCUAAUGUCCUCAAUCAAGAGUUCUUUGUCCACAAAGAAAGACAGUGACUCGGAGGAGGACUGAUUUCUACACUUCCUUGGAUGAAGUUCAGCUUAAACCUUGAUGUGUUCAUUUGUAGGGCUACAAGUGUUGCACUACAAAAAUGGUGCCAACACUACAAAAAUGGCAUUGUUUGAAAUGGGAACUUCUCUGUAGUGCUACAUUUUUGUAUCACCACAUGUAAUGUGCUAGAGGGGGUCUUUAUAUCUCCAGCAUCCCAGAGUGCUCUGCUCUUCUUUUAUGUUUCCCUCACCACCACCAACUGAGGGGACAUGCAUUUGUUGCCUGACUUUUGGACCACUGCAAAGGCAAUAUAAUAUCUGUCCGGGGUUUAGUCUUUCUUUUGAAGUCACUGAGCCAUAAUGGUAUGUCAUUUUAAUGGUUUCUAGCUUUCUCUUUAUUACAACUGUUUAAAAUCCUAAAGAGCCUCAAAGGCCUCUAUACAAUAGUGAUGAUUUAAGUCCUUCUCCAAAUUUUAAAAUACAGAAAACAGUAGAAACAAUUAUUCUUUUCAUCUUAUUGUUUUGAUAAAUCAAUAAGUAACUUUGUACAAAAUUUGACUAUCAUAGGGUUUGGCUACAGGGUUCUGAUUUUAACUAAUUUAUAUCAUCAUGUAAAUAAAUCAUAGCUGUCCAAGACACAAUAAAGGGUGUAAUGUAACACUAGUAUGUUUGGACUUCAUGGUAACCUGUGUGUUGACCUAAAGUUGGCCUUCAAAAUCAGGCUUGCCUCAAGCAUGUGUAGGAAAAUAAAAAUUUGAGAGGAUAUCUGACUUGUCAAGUAAUCAUGCAGAAUGCUUCAUAAGUUUAAUGAUUAGCAUAUUAAGGCCCUUGGCAAACAUCACAUUUCGUCACACAUGUGGAAGCAUUGCACAGCAAAUAGUAAUAUGCCACCUGGCUAUCUCAGAAUUAUUGCAGGAUACUUUUGCACCACAAAAGUUGCUGCUCAAUAAGAAACUUCCUUGUGGCUGAUGCACCAUUUUUAUCUAAGGAUAAGCUGGUUUAAUGGCUUGGCAUAUUACAGUUUGUCAUGUGAUCGUUGGAUAUAGUGCGCAACAAGUAAUGUCUGCCAAGGGCCUCAAACUAAAAAAUGGUGUUAUCAAAUUGGAAUGGAAGUAAUCUUAAGACCUGGAUUUUUGAGAAAUCGAAAAAAAUACAGUUUCUGCUAUAAAUAGUGGUAAUUUUAAAAUGGUGAGCAAGGCACUAAAAAUGUGGAAGGAAUGAGGUUGAAAUACUAAUUACAGAUAUUUAGAAACUUUUGAGAACUACAAACUUACUUCAGGCUGGGCUCACUAUCCACCUACACUUCUCAUUUGUCUGCUGGCAUGUGCUAAUGAGCUCUACAUGAGUGGGCUAACAAGCUUGCCUGAAGGACCUUUUGUUAUGUCUCUGGAGACUGUAGUAGUACAGUACAGAACACAGUCCUUUAAUGAGCAUCAGUCUUCUGCUUCAGCCUUACUGUGGGGUUAGCUUUUUAGUUUGAUUGCUGUUUCUGCAUCUGUGCAACUUAAGCAAGGAACUAUUACCUUGCAUUUCAAAAUAAGUUCUAAGAUAAUGGAAUAGGGAACUGUCUCUCUGUGAGGCUGAAUGGGUACCAAAAUCAGUGGGAUUCUGAUCUUAUUUGGUGUGGUACCAUCAUACAUUAUUCAUAUUAUAGUACAAAGCUGCUCUUGGUCUCAAUGUUGUUUUGUGAUAACUCCCUCUCACUACCCGUGGAGAGUGUGUGCAGUUUGGAGGGCAAUAUUUGGUUUUCACUUUUUUUAAAAGUGUUAAAACUUUUAAUCAGCUUGUAUGCCAGCCUCUGUGUAUUAUAAUAGGGUAUGAAUUACACCAUUA